AUGCUGCCUUUAGCUCUGCUGGCCGCCUGCCUGAGCGCGGCCCUCUCGGCCCCCAGCCUGGACCCACAGCUGGACCAGCACUGGAACCUCUGGAAGAGCUGGCACAACAAAGAAUACCACCAGAAAGAGGAGGGCUGGAGGCGGAUGGUGUGGGAGAAGAACCUGAAGAAGAUCGAGAUGCACAAUCUGGAGCACUCCAUGGGGAAGCACACCUACAGACUGGGCAUGAACCACUUCGGGGACAUGACUAACGAGGAGUUCAGGCAGAUCAUGAACGGCUACAAGCGCAAAGCGGAGAAAAAGGUCCGGGGCUCCCUGUUCCUGGAGCCAAACUUCCUGGAGGCCCCCCGGGCCAUCGACUGGAGGGAGAAGGGCUACGUCACCCCCGUCAAAGACCAGGUCAGAGCCCUUAUUUGGGUCUAUAAAAGCUGCACCCAAAGACCCGAAAACGCCGGUAAACACUAG